AUGCCUCAAAAAUCACCUUUUUCAAUCACCAUACCUCCGACCGACCUUCUCACCUAUCUUUUCCCGCCUGACACAAAGCCUUCGACUCAGCCUCUCUACAUCUCUGCCGACGAGCCUUCCCGGUACUCGUUGUCGCCCGCGGAGACGCUCAUCUGGGUCAAGCGGCUGGCGCUUGGGUUACAGCGGGUGCUCGGGGUGAAGGGGAGUGGUGCAGAGUCCAGGACCGGGUUCACGAUUAUGAUGUUCACUCCUAAUCAUGUGUUUGUCCCUGUUGUCUAUUUGGCUGCUAUCGCUGCAGGCGGUAUUUUCAGUGGCUGUAGUAUAAGCUUUGGUGUCAACGAAGUGACAUCUCAACUGCAAAAUACUGGAACAGAGGUAUUCCUCGUCCACCCGAAACUUUUGAAUGUGGCUGUCGCGGCGGCCAAAAAGGCGGGCUUGCCCAGGGAGCGGAUCUUUCUUCUCGAUCAAGACCCUCACCCAGAAACUGAUGGAGUCCUCGAUUUCCGGUCGAUACUGGCGACUGAAGGUGAAGCCCGAGACUGGUGGUGGAAAAGACUGAACGGCAACGAAGCAAAGAAUACCACAGCCGUUCUCAAUUACUCUUCUGGAACUACCGGACUUCCAAAGGGCGUCCGCAUUAGCCACACCAAUCUUAUCGCAAACGUGUCUCAGUCGAUCUAUAUGCGCGAUCUCGAACAGCCGUAUACUCCAGCCACGCGACCCCAGGAACGCUGGCUGGGGUUUCUUCCCCUCUCUCAUGCUUACGGACAGUUGUGGACUAUUCUCGCCGCACUAAAGACGCUGUCACCGGUCUACAUCAUGGCACAGUUCCACUACGUCGAGUUCCUCAAACACAUCCAGUCCCACGCAAUCACUCACAUACAGACUGCCCCACCAGUGCUGGUGAUGUUGGCCAAGAGACCCGAGACGGAGAACUACGACAUCAGCUCCUUGCGCAACAUUCUCUGCGGGGCCGCGCCUCUGAGCCAGGAAUUGCAGAACGAAGUCACCGCGAAACUGAACGGAGGGAGAGUCGUGCAGACCUGGGGCAUGACCGAGGUGACGUGUUCGUCGCUCCACAUGCCGGGCGGGAGGGACGAUCGGAGCGGCAGCGUGGGCUACAUCGACCCCAACUGUGAAAUGAAACUGCUGGACGAUGCCGGCGUUGAGGUCGGUGUCGGCGAAAGAGGCGAGAUCCACGUGCGCGGCCCCAACAUAUGCCAGGGCUACUGGAGGAAUCAAGAGGCCACCCGCGACCUCUUUGACCAGGACGGGUUCCUCCGGACCGGCGACAUCGCCGUCAGAAACGCCGAGGGCCUGUACUGGAUCGUGGACCGCAAAAAGGAGCUGAUCAAGGUCAAGGGCCUGCAAGUGGCCCCGGCCGAGCUUGAAGCCGCGCUGUUGGAGCACGACGGCGUUGCCGACGCGGCCGUCGUGGGCGUCAAGGUCGGAGAAAACGGCGACGAGGCGCCCAGGGCCUAUGUCGUGCUGAAAGAAAAGUUCCAGGGAAAGCUAUCCGCCGAGGCUCUUGCGCGGUGGCUGCAGCCCAGAGUGGCAAAGCACAAGUACCUGACCGGCGGAGUGGUUUUCAUUGACGAGGUGCCCAAGAGUCCCAGCGGGAAGAUUCAACGGAAGCUCAUACGAGAAUGGGCAGCGAAGGACUCGGCUACGCUCAAGGCCAGGCUGUGA